UAUGGGGGCAUAAAUGAUGACAAAAUUCAGAGAAGUAGCUCCAGCAGCAGCUGCAAUGCCAGUACCAGUACCAUCCUUGAAAGAUUUAAUCCUGUAUUAGAGAAAGAGUCUAGGGACUUAUGUGAAUCUUCAAUAAGCGACAAUACAAGGAGGGCAUACAGAACAGGAUUUACAGUAUAUUGCCAGUUCCUUUCAUCGAUUGGAAUAGAAGCGUCUAAUUAUAAUCCACCUAAGAUCUCAGAACAAACCCUUAUUUACUUUGUUACUCAUUGCUGUAAUUCCCUAAAACUAACAUACAAUACCAUCAAAUUGUAUCUUGCAGCUGUGAGAUUCCAUUAUGUGAAGGCUGGUAUUUCUAAUCCUCUAUCAUCAGAUGAAGCGUGUGCGAGGUUGCGAACAGUGUUGAGGGGAAUUCAAAAACAACAAAGUUCUAAACAGAAAAGGAGGCCCAUUACAUACAGUGUUUUGAUCCAAAUUCAAAAUGUCUUACAGCGGGGUAUGUUCGGUUAUUUCCUAGAUACCAUGCUGCAAGCUGCUUGUUCUCUAGCAUUUUUCGCAUUCCUUCGAUGUGGGGAAUUUACUGUGAACGAUAUAAAUCAAGACAACCUAUUGUGUGUGGAAGAUGUCGUCAUGGAUCGGAACUACAAAGCUUACACUAUCACGCUUAAAAGAUCUAAAACUGACCCUUUUCGGAAAGGAAUUCAAAUCCGUUUAUUUCAGUCAGAACAAACCGUGUGUCCAGUGAAAUCCAUGUUAAAAUAUUUAACCCUUCGUAGACAGUGGUACAACUGUGUCAUGUCUUCAGCCUUAUUUACGGAUGAAACUGGAAAUCCAUUAUCAAGACAAUUUUUCAUUACGAAACUAAAGCAGAUACUCAAAUCGCUGGGUUUGGAUGAUGAGAAUUUCAAUGGCCACUCUUUCAGAAUAGGAGCUGCUACCUCUGCUGCCGGUGGACAAGUUGAAGAUCACUUGAUCAAAACCUUAGGUAGAUGGAGCUCAGACUGUUACACCAGGUACAUUCGUUCCGAUGAUCAAACUUUGUCACGUGCACAAAAGGCAAUGUGUUGUCAAAAAGGUGUGUAAAAAGACUAGCUACUGUGUUGUGUAGUUGUGUAUGUAAAUAUAAUAGAUCAGUUAAGCAUGCAAUUUAACAUUUUAUGUUCACAUCAGGUUGUGUAUUUGGUUUGUUUUCUCAAAACUUGGAGCGGAUUGUUAA